UAUCGGCAACAGAUAAUAAUUUUCUUUCAGUGCGUGCGAUGUAAAACAAAAUAAUCGUGAGAGCCGGGCUAGCCGUGAAACGGAGUACUUUUCUUUGACGUUGCAUGGUUCCGUUUGUGGUCAAAGUGUUUUUAUUCGUUUACUUUAUCAAAGAAAAUAUUGCCAAAUAUUGAGACAGUUAAUUAAAGGACAAGGUGGACUUUGAAAUGUAUUAACGAGUGUGUCUAAUGCGAUUUUUUAUAUUACUGUUUCCGUGAAACUGUAUUUGUAAACGAUUAUUACGAAAACGAUCGGAUUUUCCGCGAAAAAUAAUUUCAAAACAAAGGACUAACUUGGAAAAGUUUAUGGAGGGAAAAAAAUUUACUAUUUGAUGACAGCGCACAGACAAUAAACGCGGUACACAGACCACGUAUCAAUUACAAAAAGACUGAUUUUACGUAGUAUCACACAUUCCUAUCCAUGUAUAGAUAACAAGAAGCCGAAAUAAGGCAAAAUGUUUAAGCUACUCGGAGGGUUGCGGGUGUACUUCAAAACCCAGCCGAUAAAGACUGACAAUGCGGUGUUCAGGCUGCAUAAUGUGUUCACGACGGUUCUGCUGCUUACCUGUUCCAUGAUCAUCACAGCUACCCAGUAUGUUGGGCAGCCUAUCCAGUGCAUCGUCAGUGGUUUGCCCACAAAUGUGGUUAAUACCUUCUGUUGGAUUACUUCGACGUUCACAAUGCCUGAUGCCUUUGCUAGAGAGGUCGGCAAAGAAGUGGCGCAUCCAGGUAUAGCGAACGAGUACGACAGUUCACAAGAAAAGAAGUACUACACGUACUACCAGUGGGUGUGCUUCGUGCUGUUCUUCCAGGCCAUAAUGUGCUACACACCCAAGUUCCUAUGGGAUGCCUUCGAGGGAGGUCUUCUGAGGACCCUCGUGAUGGGGCUCAACAUUGGCAUCUGUCACCCUGAUGAGAAGGAGAAGAAGAAAGAUGUCCUCAUCGAAUACCUCAUCAGGCAUGAAAGGACGCACAAGCUAUACGCGCUACGGUACUGGGGCUGCGAGCUGCUGUGCCUCAUCAACAUCGUGCUGCAGCUGUGGAUGAUGAACGCCUUCUUCAACGGCGAGUUCUUCUCGUACGGCACCAGGGUCCUCGGGUACAGUGAGGUGCCGCAGGAAGAGAGAUACGACCCAAUGAUCUACAUAUUCCCUCGCAUCACAAAGUGCACGUUCCACAAGUUCGGUGCAUCGGGCAGCAUACAGACGCACGACAGUCUGUGUAUACUGCCGCUGAACAUCGUCAAUGAGAAGACGUAUAUCUUCCUGUGGUUCUGGUACAUCAUCCUGGCUGUGGUGCUGACCCUACUUGUUAUAUACAGACUAGUAAUAAUCUUCAUGCCAUCGAUCCGGCCGCGUCUCCUGCACGCUCGCUCGCGCACCAUCGCCAUGGAGACCGCCAAGCUCGUCUCCCGCCGCACCGACAUCGGCGACUGGUGGCUGCUGUACAUGCUGGCGCGGAACAUGGACCCGCUCAUAUACAGAGAGCUGAUCUCGGAGCUAGCGAAGCGUAUGGGCGAGAAGCCAGGCCGCGCGUGACAGCCGCCGCCCAGCGUCGCCGUGCUCGGCGUCUGACACAUCAUCACAUAUACUUUACUCUGGAUUACAACCUCUUUAGAAGGCUGGAGAACCUUAUGUCGAAGGUUUGCUAAACAUAUACGUAGUUUACACUCUAGUUUAAACUCCUCAGUUCGCAAAAAGCAAACAAAAUCAGCAUAUUUACUUGGACGACUCAGUAGUGGUCGAGUAGCCAAGUCAAACAAUGACAAUAUGCAAGUAUGGCUCAUACGUUGUCGUGAGAUAAAACUUUUGUACCACUGUGUACCACUGAUCAAUAAUCAUUUGGUAUAUUUAUUCUAUAUAUAUAAUACCACUGUGUACCACAGAUCAAUAAUCUGUAUGUGUGAUGGUAUUAUUCUGUAUGUAUAAUUUUUUACAACAGUAUAUAAGCUAAACCAUCACAAUUCCAUUAGCUUUAUAUUUUUCAACUUAAAAAUUUGUUAAGUAUACAAAAUGUUGGUUAAAAGUCUUCUAGGGAGGUUCCUUCAAUGCUGUUUCUAUUAUUAAAAUGUAUGUGAUCAGAUAGCAUAUAGCAUUAGCUAUAAACAGAUAUAUUAAGAUUACUUUACCCUCCUGCAUCAAGGAGGGUAAUGAUUUCUCAGCUGUAGUCGACGAUAGUCAAUUACUUGCCCGAACGCUAUACAAAAAUAUUGUAUUCCACGGUCACAAUUUCGUACCUUAUUACAACGGUAUAAGGUUCAAAUUGCAACUUGCGGUCGUGAAAUACCAUGUUUUUAGCGAAAAAUACUCUACUUAAGAAUUUUGCAAUAGAUGCUACAUUUGCAUUAAUAUAAGAUAAGAUUUUUUUAAAGAUAUGGCCAUAAUUAGCGCUAUUAUUAAAAAAAAAAAACUAGUUUUUUUUCUAACUCGACAAUCGAUAACAGUUAAUCGGAUUGUCCAGUUAUUAUGAACAAUAGCGUCCAGAAAAAUUAAAAUAUUAAAAACUAAAAUCUCUACUAGAAAUCUGAAUUAUUUGUAUACUAUAUUAAGCUGAAAGAUCUAUGUAUUUCAUAUUUUUUCUUUGAUUUACUAUAAUAUAGAUUGUACUGUCUGCAUGAACAACGAAUAUUGUACCUUAAAACUAGGUACCGUAAGUAGAAAUUCCUUUAGCAUUUUUCUUUAUGUCAUUUGUCUCUGUAGUCAUUAUUUCACUGCCAUUAUUUUAUCACAAAGAAACAUUUACUAGUUAAUACAUCACAAUAACUUUUGUUUCUGUAAUUUUUCAUCACAUCUUAUUUUGUUAUCUCUAUCAGAAUCUUAUUCAUACUUUAAAAAUCCCUUAAGUUCAUAUCUGAAUUAUUAUAAAGCUGACAAAUAGGAUGUAUUUAGUAUUUUACAAUACAUUGAUAUAUUCUUAUGUACACCCACCGUAUUUGUCCCAUGUUAGUACUAUAAAAGGAAACCACCAGUGGGAUGAAGGUAGUGGGACGAAUAGGAAUAGACCUUGUUAAAGCAAAAAAUGCUUGAUAAUAUACUCAGUGUAUCGUAAAAUAUGUAAUAUGUUCUAUUUGUCAUAAGAUCUGAGCAAAAAGACAUUUUUACUAAACAGUGUUAUGCAUAUCAAGUAGCUAAUUGUUUUAUAAGUUUUCUCUAUUAUUUUAAUGUUUAAAUAUACUCCAACAAUUGUUUAUUACGAUAAUUUAAUCUUACCUACAGUUAAUUUGUCUGAAAAUAAUCUCAACCAUAUCUUAGCACAAAUCUUUUUUACAACUAGCAACAUUUUUACUUCAACAUUUUUUUUUGCAAUGGUCACAUUGACUCCUCUGUUUUGAGGUAAUUUUUAACUGACUUCCCAAAAAGGAGGAUGUUGUUUAUAUUGCCCACCAUGGCCUUUUAUGUAUAAAGCCGUUAAAUAUUAGUAUUGUAAAGCACUGACGUGAAAUGGACUGGAAAUGGAUGGCCUUAACUAGCAUUGUAUGAUAAUGUGUGGACUUGAAGAUUUGCACUGGCAUAUCUCGAGUAUGUAUCUAAGUGUUGUGUGAAAUUAAACUUUACAGUCUUUGAAUUGGAUAUUUCCAAGUUUUUUGAAUGUUGUCAGUGAUAUUAUGUAUCAUUUUUGUAUUUGUAUGUAAUGGAGAACAAAAUGACUAGCGGAGAUGUCAUAACGCAAAAUCUCCUAAGAAAUUCCAAAAUGCGGGUGUUCGUGGGACGAGAAACGUUACUGGCUCCGCCAGCAUACGCCUUCUUCACCAAUCAAUCAAGACCAAUCUUUGACAGAUUGGUUUUAGUUUGACAAUGAACCCGAACCUCGUUACUUCUUGUAACUAUCGCGCCUACCGCACGUUGCUUGACCUACAAGAAGGCGCCUGACCUAUCUUCCUUAUGGCAUCUCCGCUAUCUUCCUUCCUCCGUGAUUUAAGUAUAGUUCUAUGUGAAUGGUAAAAUUCUAGUAUUUGGAUUUUUUCAAUGUGUGUGUGGCGCCAUCUAGGCGUCCGAAUCGUAACAAGCGUUGUGAUCAGACUGUCAGUGUUCAUUUUUGUAAUAAAAUAUCAGCUCCAUUGUAUUGGAGAAGUUUUUUAGCAUUUUCGCUCUUUAGCGCGUUGAAAGUUGACUUUUUAAAUGAAUUGUUAAGUUUUAAUAAUGAUAUCAUUUUCAUUGUUGUAGUGAAGGACCCAAUUGUAUAUGCAUUCCAAUUUAAAGUGUAGGUUGUGUGCGAGUGUCACAAUACGGCCUAUUAUUCCUCUUUUAAAAAUUAAUUACUACAUCACAAAGCUAGUAUUAAUAUAAAACCGCCUUCGCUACAAUUUCAUCACAAUAUAAUUCAUGAAGAUUCAAUAAAUAAGACAUUAAAGAAUUCCUUCAUUUUAAACAUACCUCGAAUAUGUAUUAGAUCUACGAAUAAACUCAAGAUUUUCAAUAGAUACCGUUCUAGGUUCGCCAAUAUAUCAUAUUUAAGUAAAAUAAAAUGCUACCUAUUGUAGACUCAUUAAAAAAAUCAUAAACAUAGCCCAUCACAAAUUGCGCUCAAGAAAAAUGCCAUAAAAUAUUAAUAUGUAAUAUCUAUAAAAAAUCACAAAAACUUUUAUAUUAUUUGUAUAUUAAGUAAUUAUUAAUAUACAUUUAGAAUUAUGUUUACGCAAGCGUUUGCGCAAAGCGAGCGAUUUCCAUUUUAGUGAUUUUUGUAUGUUAGUGAUUUUUUAAAUUUCGUCAUGCGCUCUAAUAGUCCUCACUUGCAUUAAAUUAGAUAAUAUUAUAAUAUUCCAUAGAUUGUUACGAAAAAAAAGAUGGAUAUUAUUUGGUUUUACCCAAAAAUAAAAUGGUAUCUGUUUUCAAAAUGACAUUGGGCGUAUGACAAUAUUUUUUUUGCAAUUAAAGACAGGAUGUAAAUAGUGAUUUUAGUAGUUAUAAGUAUGUUCCUAACAGACGAUUACUUUUAGUUCAAUAUUAGCAUGUAUUUUUGUUCCAAGAGAACAUUAUUUUCUGUCGCUUGAAUUUGAUGUUUUCGCUUUUUGUAUGACAUCAGAAAAAUCGCUAAUACUGUUCACAGAAGAUUAACUUAUUUCUCUUCCACAAAAAGCGGCAAUAUCUAAAAUUAGUGUCUAUUAGAAUAGCGGAAUUUCAGAUUGCAAGUGUAAACCCGCUGUUCCGACGCACACUAUAAUUCCAAGCGACGUUUUACGUUGAUAGUUUAAAAAAGUAUCACACAAAACUUUAAGUUAAGAUUAACGAUAAUGUUAAUUUUAAAGAUCAAGCAUUUAUUAUAUGUAGUUUAAAUCUUGUGUUAAUAUUUAUAUACUCUGUAUGAUACGUUCUCGAAUAGUUUUAGUUCAAACUGGUUAUUUUUUUGUGAUUUAGGUACGUGUAUCGUCGAUUUCUUUUUAAGAGAAAAUAUAUUACAUUUUAUACUAUAAGAUUUUUUUUAUUUUUUUCACUCUAACUUACUCAUAAUUGUACCUAUUACCUUAGUGUAUUGGACGUAAGGAUAAAAUAUUCUUUUUUUCUUAUUUUUUCUCAAAAUUGUCUCUGCGUCUGAUAUGCCAUAAACGAUCUACUUCCAUAGCCGUUCAGCCUAUAAAAACAUUUCUCUACAGAUUGUGAUUAUUUAUUUCGCGUAAGAAUAUGUAAUUGUUUAAAAGUAGCUCAUAGAAAUCGCGAUGUUUCUUUGUCAGAUGAAAUAAACAAAUAUUAUUCUUUUAA